AUGUCCGUUGAGGAGUCUUCGCAUCCUGGCAGUAUUUUGGAAACUCCUGCUUUUACUAAAUCAAUUAAUGAUGUUCUAGUGAAUUUGGAUACGGGUGGUGAAGAUGCAAUCAAAAUGGACACUGAGGGAGUGUUCACAUGGCAUAUUGAUAAUUGGAACGUCUUAAAAAAUGAUAAAGUUGUUUCUCCUCAAGUGACAAUCGGUGAUUUUGAUUGGGAUGUCUUGUUAUUCCCUCAAGGCAAUAGAAAUAAAAGUUUAGCAUUAUAUCUGGAGCCAAACCCUAAAAUGGUGAAGGAUACAGAAGAGGAUAAGAUGGUACCUGAAGAUCCAGCAUGGUACUGUUGUGCACAGUUUGCUGUGGUCUUGUCGAGACCUGGUUCUGAUAACGAAAUUUAUGUAAUCAAUAGAUCUCAUCAUAGGUUCGAUAAUUUUGAUACAGAUUGGGGUUUUGCUAAUUUGAUUGAUUUAUACAGUUUGAAAAAUCAAAUUAAAGGGAAAUUAUCUGGUUUUGUUACAGAAGAUGGUCAAUUAAAUAUCACUGUUUAUGUUCGUAUCCUCGAAGAUAAAAAUGGUGUAUUGUGGCACAAUUUUGUUAACUAUGACUCAAAAAAAGUUACAGGUUAUGUUGGUUUUAGGAACCAAGGAGCAACUUGUUAUUUGAAUUCCCUUUUGCAAUCAUAUUUUUUCACAAAAUAUUUCAGAAAGUUGGUGUAUGAAAUUCCAACUGACGAAGAAAAACCUAAUGAUAGUGUUCCAUUAGCUUUACAAAGGGCUUUCUAUCAACUCCAGGUCUCUAAUUUGCCGCUGGAUACCUUGGAACUGACCAGAUCAUUUGGUUGGGAUUCUGCAGACGCGUUUACUCAACAUGACGUUCAAGAAUUAAAUCGUAUAUUGAUGGAUAGAUUAGAGACAAGAAUGAAAGGUACAAAAGUUGAAGGUAAGUUAAGUGAAUUAUUCGUUGGUAAAAUGAAAAGUUAUAUAAAGUGUAAAAAUGUUGACUAUGAAUCUUCAAGAGUUGAAGAAUUUUGGGAUAUUCAAUUAAACGUUAAAGACUUAAAGAAUCUACAGCAAUCUUUUGAAAAUUAUAUUGAAGUUGAAUUAAUGGACGGUGAAAAUCAAUAUGCAGCUCCAGAUUUUGGCUUGCAAGAUGCAUACAAAGGUGUUGUAUUUGAAUCAUUCCCAAAGGUGUUGCACUUACAAUUGAAAAGAUUUGAAUACGAUUUUAAUUUUGACCAACUGAUAAAAAUUAACGACAGAUAUGAAUUUCCAGAUAGCAUUGAUUUAUCUCCUUAUUUGGAUAAAGAUGUGUUGAAAAAUGAAAAUGAGACUGAGUCGCACAUUUAUAAGUUACAUGGUGUGCUGGUUCAUACUGGUGACAUUUCUACUGGUCACUAUUAUACAAUGAUUAAACCAGAUUUAGGAGAUCAGUGGUAUAGAUUCGAUGAUGAAAGAGUUUGGAAGGUUGAUAGGAAGCAGGUCUUUGACGAAAAUUUUGGUUUAGACAAGUUACCAGAUUCAGAACUACGCGGUAUGACAAAGGAGGAAUAUCAGAGUUAUUUGAUUACAAGACAUACAAGUGCAUAUAUGUUGGUUUACGUAAAAGAUGAGGUAGAGGAAGAAAUUCUACAGCCAGUCACAGAAACUGAUGUCCCUCAACAUGUUGUCAAGAGCAUUAAAGAAGAAACUGAACAAUAUGAAUUGAGAGAAAAGGAAUUGAGAGAAGCACAUCUGUAUGUUAAAUUCAAUAUCCAUACCAUAAAGAAUUUCUUGAGUUAUCAAGGAUUUGAUAUAUCACCAAAUCCUGAUUCUGAAUUGUUUGAUGAAGAACUUUAUGGAAAAAAGGCCAUGCCUUUGAGUUUGAAAGUUUCCAGAAAGUUAUAUUUAAAAGAUCUUUAUAAACAGAUUAAUGAAUUAGCUGGUAUUCCUCAUGGGAAAAAUGUAAGAUAUUGGAAAAUGGAUUACCGUAAGGGUGGAACUUUACGUUUAGUAACACCAAUGAAUUCUGACUUAGAUUCUGUAACAUUAGAAGAAGCUACAGGAUAUAAAGAAGAUGAAUUGUUUCCAUUGAUGGAUAUUUUCAUUGAAGAGCCAUAUUUGGACUUACAAUACUUGUCUUCGUUAAAAGAAAAAAAUAUUCUAGAGUCAGUUGAGUUAACAGAAGAAUUAAUUGACAAUCUAAGACAAAACAUUUUUAAAUUAGUUCCUAGUGAUUAUCUCCCAAUAAUUCAUGAUAUAAAAACGCAUUCAUUAAUAUUCAUUAAAAAGUUUUCAUUGGCUAAUCAAACGCUGGUUGGAUAUGGCCAUCAAGUUGUUGCAAAGAAUGAUGAAAUAAAUUUUAUUGCAAAUACCUUAUCAAAGAUAUCUGGUAUACCUACUGACAUUAUACAAUUUUUCGAAGAAAUAAGUCCAAAUUGUGUACAAAUGACAAAACUAUCCGACAAAAUAUUUGAAGCUGAAUUGAUUAGUGGUGAUAUUUUGUCUUUUCAAGACACUUCAGUGGCGGAUAUAAAUUGUUUCCCAUUAUAUGAAAAUAUAACACAAUUUUAUAAUUUCCUUCGUUAUAGGGUUAAACUAGUUUUUUCAAAAGCAAAAAAUUCAGUAGACGAUUAUGUUGUUAAUACAGCCAAUUCGAAGACUUUUGAAGUUUGGGUCCCUGUAAAUAUUAGUUAUGAUGAACUAGCAAAUAUUGUUUCACAAAAUAUUAACGAAAAAGCAGAAUACCUAAAAUUGUUUGCUAUUUAUCCUAACGAAAAGUAUAAUCUUAGAUCAAACUGUAUUUUGAAAGAUUAUUUGUUGAGAGAUUAUAAUUGCUCUUUGACACCAACAUUUGAAUACGAGGUGCUGUCGAUGCCAUUGAAAGAUUUAGAAAGUCUAAGAUCUAUUAGAUUAUAUUGGUUAACUGAUACUUAUAUACAUUUUCAGUUAUACGACUUCAAAAUACCAAAUCAUUUCUCAGUUAAGGAAUUCAAGGAUAAGAUCCAAAAUAAAGUUGGUUUUUCUGAUUCUGAUAAGAAUAAUAUAUUGUUCUGGACAAAUUCUAAUUUUAAAUUUGCAAACGUUAUAUUUGAUAAUAAUUCAUUUGAUGAUGUUGGUAAGGGUGUUUUAUUAUUUGCUAGAAUUCUACCAGAGGAGCUAAAAUUACUUCAUCAUCUGGAUAACUUAGAAAAUACGGAUGAGACUGAGUCAUAUUCUUCAACCAAUGAAAGCAACUCGACUACUCAAGAUCACAAAAAACCUAAUGAUCACUUAGUUGUAGUGAUGCAAUGUUUCAAGGGUAUCGAGAAUAGACAUGGCAUUUCAUUUUUAUUUGAUUUAAGACCAAACGAAAAUUUGUCAGAUGCAAAAUCUAGAUUACAUAAGAAAUUCGGAUUGGGAGAAAGAGAAUUCAAUAAAAUUAAGUUUAACCUUCUUGUUCGUACUUAUACUGGUAAGGUUUUGAAGUCUCUCCAAGAUUUAACUGAAGAAGAAGAACAAAAGAUUAUAUUGUAUAACAUCAUGGGUCAUUUGGAUAUAAUUUAUAUGGACCAUCCUGAUAGAUUGAAAUCACAAUCUUCACAAGAUAGACCAAUGACGAUUAAAUAA